AUGGCCCCAAAUCUUUGUGGAGCGUUUUGCGGACGCUGGGUAUUGUGGAGCUGUGAAGAUGCAGAACUUCAGAGACAGCUUGGUCGCAAUGCUACGACCGAGCCUUUAGUCUUGGUCAUUUCGUCGGCCGAUUCCGAAAAGUUUCGAGUGAUCCAACAGCGGCCCUGGAGAGAUGGCUUGCAGGUUGAAUGCCUCAUGCAGUUGGACAAUGAGCCAAGUGCUGUACCCAAGCCCCUAUGUCUUGGUGACAAGGAUACUUGGAGACACAAGUUUUCAGAUGGCGCAGUGCACAGUGAGCACAAAACCGUCAGCAGUGGCAAGGACAUUUACCUUAGGUCAAAGCUCCUCCUACGUCAUAGUGAAUUGGUGGAGGAGAUUCAAUUGUACGAAGGGCCUUCAGAGAAGAGCAUUGCCAGCGGGACACGCGUCUUUCAGCGAAAUCCCUUCAAGACUUCCUGGAAAGCAGCAGCGGCGCAAUUCUUCUCGGGAACAGAUGUGGAGAAGAAUUUGCAAACCUGCAUCAGCUGGAUGCGCAAAGCCAAGGAACAAGGAGCUGACUUAGUAGUCAUGCCGGAGAACUCCAACCGCGAUCGGAGCUACUUCAAGGACGGCAAACCCAGUCGAGCCAUGUGCUGGGAGCAUUCCGAAACCUUGGAGGGUGCUUUCGUCUCUGGUGUGCGCCGAGCCUGCCGCGACUUGGGCCUUUGGACUUCCUUAGGUGUAGAUCUGCGCGGCAAAAGGGAGCCCGACGUCCACAUUGGCAUCGUCCUCAUCCGCCCAGAUGGAGACAUCGAAGGUGUGGUGAAAAAACAUGUUCUUUGGGACUAUGAAUACACACUCUUUGAACCUGGCGAAGAGCCCUACCAGGUCUUCGACACUGAACUAGGUCGACUGGGCCUGCUGUGCUGUGCCGAUGGAAUCGUCCCCGAAGCUGCUCGUGUCUUGAGCCUCAUGGGAGCGCAGGUGCUGCUGAAUUCCCUCAACAGCCGCGGGCCGGACGAAAUGAGGGUCCACAUUCCUCUGAGGGCAAUCGAGAAUGGUGUAUGGCAUGUUGCCUCCAACACUGUUGGAAACCCCAACACCAUGGGCCUCCUAUGGCCAUGGACGGGCGGUUCAGAGGUCUGCGAUCCCAAAGGUCAGAGGGUGGUUGCCUCGGAAGAACACGACGAUAUGGUGCUGGCAGAGGUCCGACCUAUGGAAGCAGAGAUCAAGCGUAGUAGCUGGGCACAGGACAUUUGGGCGUGCCGUCGACCUGACUUGUAUGGCCUCAUGAUGGCGCCUUUGGAGGCUGUCCCGGCCGCCAAGAUGUACGGCCCUGCACCAGAGGUGUUGCCUUUCCCAGGCCCCGACAAGUUGAAAGUUGCAAUGAUGCAAUUGAGUGCUACCCACACCAAGAAGUGCAGCGAAUGGAUGAUGCAGCGACAGGUCUCAUAUGCAGCUCGCAGGGGAGCUGUUUUGGGUGUUUUGCCGAGCCUUUGGUGCUUCCGCUGUGGUGAAGUGUCCCAAAACCCCCAGCAGGCAGCCAACUACUCCUGCGAGGUGUUGGAGAAGUUGAAAGCUUGGGCCAAGGAGUCAGCUAUGUUUCUCUGCUGCAGCCUCGUGGAGGAAGAGAAUGGAAACUUCUUCCACAGCGCUUACUUGAUCGGAUCUGCAGGCACGGUGCUCGGCACGUACCGAAAGACGCAUCUGGGAGGUGACGAGGCCACUUGGGCAACACCCGGCAAUCAUCGUUGUGAAGUGAUUUCGGAUCCGGCUUUGGGCCGCGUUGCCAUGAUGAUCUCGGAUGAGGUUUGGAGUCCAGAAGUGUCGCGCUGUUUGGCACUGGCAGGGGCUGAGGUGGUGCUGCAUCCAGCCGACUGGGACAUCUUAGAAGCUGGCGAGAUGGCUGCCACGGAACGUGCCACAGAGAACCGUUUCCACCUGGUUUCGGUGAACAGGUUAGAUAGUCCUGGACGUUUGGGGUCACAAACGACACUGGCAGGGGAGUAUAUCGGAGGUGAACCAAUUCCGCUGAUGCGCUAUGGCCAGGGCAUUUGGUGCCGCUAUGGCGUGGAAGAACAAGUCAUCGUGGAGCUUCCUCGCAGGCAGGCUCACUGCAAAAUGAUGGGUGAUCACUUGGAUGUGUUGAAGAAACGAGCGCCAGCACUCUACAGCGUGUGUUGCAAGCCCAAGGAGGAGCUCUACGGUUGGCGACAGAUGUCACCAGAUCUUCAGCUUGGGAAACAAUUGGAGCUGCCUCGACAACAUCAGCACUGCCGAUUUUCAGAGGAUUUUUCCUGA